AUGAUUUGUUAUGAAGCUUCAUAUUUGGGUCCGAAACAAGAACCAAUGCUUGUUGUAUUGGAUUGUAGAGCCCUUCAAUGGCCUAUCCUCUAUCGUACAACAUGUGUUGGUUUAGCGCUUCACGAUUACCAUUUAAAAUCAUUAGAAUCAUUUUCAUAUUCGGAUGAACAAGAUCAAGGAAUUAAUAUUCGUCAUAAAGUAAAAGAUAUUAUCGAAUUGGUUCAAGACGAUGAUCAUCUACGAGAUGAACGGAAUCACAGUCGUAUCGUUAUGGUAUGUAUUGUCUUGGAUGUUCGGCCGGAUAAAUGAACAUUAAUAGUUAAAAAAGGAGCUUCGGGAAUUUUAUGAGAGGAAUAUAUAUUUUUUUUGAGAAAGUUUGCAACACUCUAGUAGGCAUGCACCGGUUAUUAAAAUUUUUUCGAGUAGACAGUUUUGUGUAGAAAUGUUUGCUCUACAAAAUAAGACGUUGCAGACUUUCUCACGAUGGUUCGUCGAUGAGAUAUGAAUCUUUUGCUCUUAAAUAGGACCGAUUAUUAACCGGUCAGUUUUUGAGGUAAACACUCUGUAUCCCAUCGACGAAUCAUCGUGAGAAAGUCUGCAAUGUGUUACUUUGUAGAGCAAACAUUUCUACACAAAACUGUCGACUCGAAAAUGUUUUAAAAACUUUCUCCGAUUUUUGAAACUACUGUCCCCAAGAGCCUCGAUAAAAUAACCGUUGCAUGUCUACACUCUAGUAAUAGAUAAGCCAUAAAGAAUGAGUCUCUUCGUAUUUCUCAGGAAGUUCUUCUAAUCUUUCACCAUCUUUUUUCGAUAGUUAAAACAGUCUUCAUUCAGUUCUUUACAAAGAUAUGUUAAACAUAUCGCUACGUUCAAGGGCGAUAAAAGGUGACCAAGCUGACACUGCGUAGCUUCAGUACAUAUAAAUUAAGAAGCUAUUUUUUCCGUUCUAUUUUCAUAAAAUAUAAAAAACUGACAACAGCCAUUUUGUUACACUUCAAAAGCGCUAUCGACUGACUAUAUUUUUGCAAUCUUUUAGUCACAAUUGAUUCAACAGAAAUACUUUUUUGUCAAAACUUUUCGUUCUCGACGAUUAUUUUUUCGUAUUUGGAUAGAUUUUCAUUCAAAACUUCGGCGAAAUCAAACAUUUGGGGAAGUUCUAGUCUGACACACCGAAACUCAUAAAUUUAGUACAAUGUGGCUUUUACAUCAGAAAACUAGAUGAAAAAGCGAUUUUGUAUUAUAUAUCAGUAGAGCGAGAGAGAGAGAGAGGACGCUUGAAAGCAUUCGAACAAGAUAUUAUAUUUCCAGCUUCACGUGCUGAUAAAAAUAAUAUUUUGAAGAAUGAGAAAGUUCCAAGUUUCUAUUAGAGAUUUAUACGUAUUGAAGCUGCGC